CAAAAAGGUUGGGCCUUUGUUCCCUUAAAACGCGACGAUUCCGCCACUUUCGUCUCCUUCGACUGACUCUCUCCCUUUCUCCUUCUCUUCCCUUUCCCAUUCUCUCCUCCGUUUGCUCCACCUCUUCCUCGAUUCCUCCCACUUCUCGCUCUCUCUCUCCGUUGAUCUCCCUACCCAAUCUCUACGCUCCACCGCCCGCCGCCGGCAGCAAUGCGCCGCUGAUCACCCCUGCCGACACAGCAAUCCGUGUGCUCCUUCAAGUCCAUUGUGCGACGGAGUCUCUUCUUCUGCCGCAUCCGAGGGAAGAAGAGAGGAAUUUGUAAAAAAAAGGGGGAAAGAAAGCUUUGUGAUGAUAACGACAUAAGGGGUGGGAAAGGCCAAUCUGGAGUGAGGCUGGCUGGCUGUCAAUGACGUCUCUCAGGCCAUGGAAAUCACUCAAACGAAACGCCAUAUUCGAUGGGGGGAAAUGUGGAUUCAAGGGUACGCAGCUGCCCAUGAUGGUGGCUCUUUGUACAGGCAUGCUGUUUAUUGUGUAUAGGACCACACUUUUUCAGUAUGAGCACACGGAGAUGGAAGUGAAAAUGCAUCCCUUUGACUCGAUAAAGGAAUCAGCUUUUGCGUCUGGGUUGUUAAAUAAUCUGCCCCGUGGUAUAGUACGACCGAACUCGGAUAUGGAGUUGAAGCCUUUAUGGUCGAGUAGUUCGAGGUCAAAGACAGAGGUUGAUGCUUCUAAUCGUCGCUACUUGCUGGCGAUGCCCGUUGGCAUUACACAGAAGCGUAACGUUGACACUGUUGUCCAAAAGUUUCUUCCAGAAAAUUUUACAGUUAUGCUAUUCCAUUAUGAUGGUAACCUUGACGGAUGGUGGGAUCUUGAAUGGAGUAGCAAAGCUAUACAUAUAGUUGCUCAUAAUCAAACGAAAUGGUGGUUUGCAAAGCGGUUUCUGCAUCCAGCUGUCGUCUCUAUAUAUGAUUACAUAUUCCUCUGGGAUGAAGACCUGGGCGUGCAGCAUUUUAAUCCAGCAAGGUACCUGGAUAUUGUGAGGUCAGAAGGAUUGGAAAUAUCUCAGCCCGCUCUGGACCCAAAUUCUACAGAGAUACACCAUAGGAUCACCAUCCGAGCGAGAAUGAAGAAGAGAGUCUAUGAUGUUAGAGGCAAAGUUAAGUGUUCGGAUUCCAGCGAUGGACCACCGUGUACAGGAUUUGUAGAAGGAAUGGCUCCAGUCUUUUCAAGAUCUGCCUGGUAUUGUGCUUGGCAUCUUAUACAGAAUGAUCUCGUGCAUGGAUGGGGGAUGGAUAUGAAACUUGGAUACUGUGCACAAGGGGACCGGACGAAGAAGGUAGGAGUGGUUGAUCGAGAGUACGUGGUUCACAAAGGAAUACAAUCGUUGGGUGGGAGUGGAAAGGUUUCUGUGUUUCAGAGCUCGAGUAAUGACGAAUCAAGCAAGGUAAGCUCAACGACAGAUACCGCCUUCUCGUCCCUUCAUAUGAUCCCCAUCCAAACUCUUUUCGUGUGUUCGCAGAGGCACAGUGGAGGCUUGGAUCCUCGGAUGGAGAUUAGGAGGCAGUCGACAUGGGAGCUUCAAAUAUUCAAGGACCGUUGGAACAAAGCCGUUAAAGAAGACAAGUUCUGGGUUGAUCCCUUUAGAAGUAUCCGACGCCGCAAACCCAUCUCCGACAGGCGCGAUAAGGAGAAACGUAGCCACCAUCACUAGCCCGUCGUCGUCUUCUCGACCUUAAUAGUCGUCGGAGAAUUAACCACACCUGUAACUUAGUCAACGUGUAGAUUUUAUUCUUCUUUUCUUGGGGCCUCCUUUUAGAACACUUAAUUAUUUCAUUGGUUGCACAUUCAUAGAAAGCUGUUAUAGUCUCUUUAUAAUAUGGUUCGCUGCCUCUCCCUGUAUCCACCAUCUUCAGUAUAGGCUCCUGCAUCGCCCUUUUCUGAGAUUUCCAUUGGAAGUGAGAGAUCGAUAACACGUUCAACUCGCGUUCGCGAUUCUCGCCCAAAACUUGGCUUCGGAUAUCUUCGACAGGGUAAAACAGCAAUCCAGCUUG